AUGGGAAUCAAGCUUGACAUGAGCAAAGCCUACGACCGUGUGGAAUUGAAGUUUUUGGAGGCGCUUAUGAUUCGAAUGGGGUUUGAUGAGAGGUGGGUGUUUUUGAUCAUGCAAUGUGUGACCUCGGUUCAAUACUCAGUAAUUAUUAAUGGAAGUCUAGUGGGGGACAUUCGGCCAUCAAGGGGGAUUCGCCAAAGGGACCCCAUAUCCCCAUAUCUUUUCAUCAUCUGUGCAGAAGCUCUAAGCGCUCUAAUUUCGAGAGCAGAACAACGAGGUGCAAUCUCAGGUAUGCCAUCUUCCCCAAGAGGUCCUAAAAUUAGCCAUUUAUUUUUUGAGGACGAUAGCAUCCUGUUUUGCAAAUCAAAUGUUGUGGGGUGGCGUAGGCUGAUGAAGAUAUUGGGUACAUAUGAAAAUGCAUCCGGGCAGAAGCUCAAUGUAAACAAAACAUCUGUUUUCUUCAGUCGUAAUACGAGCUUGGAGAGGAGUUAG